AUGGCAGCUCGAAAACGCUCGUCGAGCGGCGUUUCCGCAGAAGAUGCACCAGCGCCGAAGAUGGCCAAGACGAACACCAACAACUGGCGAGAUGUUUUCGAGAUUGAUAUCAAGCUCAAGAUCAAUGCGCCUGAUGAGGACAGCUAUGGAUGUGAGGACGAGGACGAGGACGAGGAGUUUGAUGAGAGCAACCAUGAUGCCCAUCAUGAGAUUGUUUGGCUCGAACCUAUUAAUGGAUUCGUGCUCUCAAAGGAGAUUGCUAUUGACAAGAGCAAGCCUGAUUGUAUUGGGUCGUGCAACAGCGUCCUGAUUCGACGUAGUCUCAUGAGACGCAGCUUCCACUCUGACAUUGGCGAACUAUACACAGACACUUCAUCCAUGGGAUUCGACCUCUUUGAUCGCUAUGGGCGGCUCAAGCCUGCCUUCAAGAAGGGCUCUGAUCGAUGUGGUUCUGGCAUCUGGGGCGAUGAGCUGGAUGACGGUGACAUUCUCUUGAUCCAAAGAGUGUGUAUGGACGAGCCCCAUAGGCGCCAGGGCAUGGCCCAGGAGAUGAUUCGCGACAUGCUGCAGAAAGCUCUGUCCAAAUGCAAUCCCCAGACACUCAUCGCCAUCGCUUGUGCCGGCGGGGAGUGGUUGAAGCUUCACAGUCACGUCGAAUUGGAGGGGAGGAGCAGCGAAGAACAAAGUGCCAUGUAUGACAGAGAGAGGCACAAGCUGGAAUGUUUCUACAGGUCUUUGGGGUUUCGACGCAUUGGCUACACUGAGUGGUUCGCCCUCCUGCCCGGGAAUGCGCAACAUGUGUCUCACUCGGUGCCUGCCAACCUGGAUUUCUUUUUGUCCAGGCCAACAUCAGACCGUAUGACUAAUGCCAUCUUUACGAAAUUGCUAGAAGCAUUCAAGACCAUAAAAAAGGAUAAUGCUCGAUUUAUGUUGACUCAGGCGGCUCUUGGUUCCUACGGGCCGGAGGAUGACGUCUGGAUCUCAGCUGACCGCGACGGCAAUACCUUGUUGCAUCACGCAGCAACCUCUGAGAGCCCGUUAUGUGUCAAAUGGAUCAUCCACAAGUGUCCACGCCUGGUCUCUGAACAGAAUUCCCUGGGAGAAACACCACUCGACGCGUGUCAGGAACGCCUUGAAGCAAUCCGCACACGGCAGAAAUUGGCGGGGGAAAGCAUCGCGGUUUCAGAUAAAUUCACUGGCUACUCGCAACCAUCUGUGGAAGUCCUCUGUGCCUUGAAAGGAUUGAAUCACCUUUCACUGGAAGGUUUAUUACAGCUCAAGUACGGCUGCACAUGCGGACAGUGCCAAGAGGGCUUCUUCAGCCCGCGCAUGCGUAUGGCGGUUCUCUAUAACGCAGAAACCACCUCUGACAUGCUCCUUCACUGGGACAACGGUACCGAUGGUGACGAGUUUGUGAGGGAGUUUGGGCGCUUUUUGAAGUACCUGCCACCCAGGAUGUACAAGAGCAUGCGUACAGAUGCGCGCUUAAGGAAAGGAUUCUCCAGCAUGUUCGGCUCCUUUGCCCAGUGUCUGUGGGACAGUAAGGGGCCUCCUCGCGAGCUCAAGGUCGUCGAAGCGGUCAUGUCCGAAAGCAAUGGGUCAUCCAUCGCCAAACACUAUCUCGACUGCGGCGGCACAGUCGAGGCUGUGGGUUCUGCCCUCUUCUGGAGAGUCAUGGAUGAAUCGCGAUCUGCCGGAGAUGGAGCAACGUGGGAUUUGUUUGCGGAUGAUUUAGAAGCACUGCCGGCUUGUCGCAAUGAUGACGAGUUUGGAUUCGUGAGCAGCAUGUGUGGCUAUGCGCGUGUCCACCAAGGCCAAUGCUUUUCAGCAACUGGGCACCCAGUGGAUGAAAACGAUCGUUAA